AUGUCUCAAGAUAACUCAAGGAGUCCUCCACGAGGACAUGCUUCUGGCAGACCAUACGACUCAGAAUACCCAGAACGCCCAUAUCGACUCGAUCGCAAUCAGUAUGAUAAUAGACAUGAACGUGGUUAUGAUAGGGAAAGAUCAAGCUCUCCGCGCAGAGACAAGAGAGGUCGUUAUACGGACCGCGAUCGCGAAGGAUAUAGGUCUCCAGUCCAUGGGAGAAGUCGCAGUCGUUCGCCUCACCAUGGCGCACCACCAAAUCGAACAAUCAUCUUUGAGGGAUUGCCUCUAGAUAUGACACAGGAAGACAUAUCAAAAGAACUUCAAAAUAGUCUUAGAGUUGAGGGUGUGGAGGAGAUUAGAUUGAUCAAGGAUAAAAAGACUGGUGUAUCUCGAGGGUUUGCAUUUGCGCAAUUCUAUACCCUACCAGAAGCAAAACGAUUCCUCGAAGAACAUCACCCAUUCGUUUCAUUCUACGGUCCUUCGCAGGCAUCAGAACCAGCCAAAGUCAGGAUCGCUUACAGCCGCGAGAAGAAUGAUCAAGAACGACCAAGCAAGCAUGAGGAUGAUUGGAAAUGUGACGUUUGUUACACAUUGAAUUAUUCUUACAGAAUGAUGUGUUUCAAAUGCAAUGGUCCUAGAACUAGACCAACUGCCCAUGGUGUUGUUAUGACUCAAGGAAAUGUAUCUAGUUACUCAGGAUUCGCUACCACCGGAGAUAGUGAUGCCUCGCCCGACGAAACAGCCUCUCAAUUUCUCUUGCUUAGAGGUCUCGAACCUGGUGUGACAGAGGAACUUCUUGCCAAGGGAGUAAGCAAACUUUACAAGACCAAAGCAAGCACAUCAGCGGAUGUACAUACAGCUAAGAAGACAAAAAUAUCUUCUACUUCUGCUGAUGCCUCACUUGGCGCCAAAGAAGGUUCCCUCCGUCGCGUGUUGCUGAUUCGAGAUCGUAAGACGAAUGAUAGUUGGAGAUAUGGGUUUGCUGAGUUUGCUUCAGUAGAGGAUGCUCAAAAUGCUUUGGCCAAGUACAACGCUACAGACAAGUUUACCAUAUCUUCGAAACCUGUGAUGGUUUCGUACAUCCACGCAGGCGUAUUUGUGCCUGUUCUUGACGUACUGAACGAAGAAUCCGCGAGAUUUACAUUCAGUCCAUUGUCGAACUCUGCGGUUAAUUUGAUGUACUGGGAUACUACAGCUUAUGCUAGCGAGUUGUCUACUGUAAUCCCAGAAGCACCAGUGAAGAAGGCGAAUAAUGAGCGAGCUAAAUUAGCUAAUGCAGCAGCAAAUGAAGGACUUGUUGGUGGCAAGGAUGGAGAUUUUCGGUCUAAGAAAAGGAAGAUCGAAAAAGAUUCGGCUGUGAAUACUAAGAAGGUUGUUGCUCCCCAUCUCCAAUUUUGGACCAAUAGGCAUAACGAGAUCCAUGGUCUGCCCGCCAAGGAUUUUGAAGACAAUGAGCCUGAGUCUACUGCUGCAAUUGCAAAAUCUACAUCAGAACCUAUUGCCGAUGCUCCACCUGCUCAAUCAUACGCAGAUAUGGAUCGAAAAUGCUGUAUCUUAUGUUCCCGUCAAUUUAAGACGGAAGCAGAAGUCAAAAAGCACGAAAGAAUCAGUCAACUUCAUCGCGACAAUACGAAGAAUGAAGAACUGGUUUCAAAAGCUUUAGCCAAGCUCAAGAAAUCUGCAAGUGAUUUAAAUUCAGCCGAAAACUCCGCUUAUAGAGAUCGAGCUAAGGAACGUCGUCAAGCUUUCAAUCAACCAAAGCAACCUGCUGCGCAACACAAUAAAUCGAAGACUUCAUCUACCAGUUCCCCUUCUCAGAAAGAAGAGGAUAAUGGGCCUGUAGUACCAGCACAAUCUAAGGGUGCAGCACUAUUGGGAAAGAUGGGUUGGAAUGCCGGAGAAGGCCUCGGUGCUCAAGGUACAGGAAGAACGGAAGCCAUUGCCACUGAGCUAUAUACUCAAGGUGUAGGUUUAGGAGCUGAAGGUGGGAAGCUAGGUGAUGCGAUGGUGGAAGCGGAGAGGCAGACAAAGGGUGAUUAUAAGGCGUUUGUAGGGAGAACAAAAGAAAAGGCUAAGGAAAGGUAUGAGACUUUGGAUUGA